CACGCCACACUCAAUAUCAUACUCAGUCGACGCGCAGCGCUCCCGAAGAAUGAGCGCUUAGUUUUACGGUCGAUUUACCAAAGAAAUAAUGAUGUUACGUGUCGUGCUAAUAGUUUCCGCGUAUGCGCUAGCAUUUACCAACGCUGAUACCGAUCCUCAUCCUCUAUCCGAGGAUUUCAUCAGCCUGAUCAACUCGAAACAGGACUCAUGGAAAGCGGGACGCAAUUUCCCGCCGACGACGACGCUCGAGACCCUAAAAAGGAUGAUGGGGGCGAAGCCCGAUCCUAACCUCAUGAAUCUGAUGAGCGUGGAGCACGAGGACGACGUCAUCGCCAACCUGCCCCACAACUUCGACCCGAGGGACAAGUGGCCGAACUGCCCGACCCUCAACGAGGUGAGAGACCAAGGCAACUGCGGCAGCUGCUGGGCCUUCGGCGCCGUGGAGGCCAUGUCGGACCGCUACUGCAUCUACUCCAACGGCACCAAGCACUUUCACUUCUCCGCGGAGGAUCUUCUCAGCUGCUGUCCAGUCUGCGGGCUCGGAUGCAACGGCGGUAUCCCGACGCUGGCCUGGGAGUACUACAAGCACUUCGGUAUCGUCUCCGGCGGCAACUACAACUCGUCCCAGGGCUGCGUACCGUACGAGGUGCCGCCGUGCGAGCACCACGUUCCGGGCGACAGAUUACCGUGCAAGGGCGACACCGCGACGCCCAAAUGCUACAGAACCUGCGAGAAGGGCUACCCGAAGACUUACAAGGAGGACAAGAAGUAUGCGAAGCACGUUUACUCGAUCCGAGGCGGCGAGGACCAUAUUCGGGCUGAAAUUUUCAAGAAUGGACCGGUCGAGGGGGCGUUCACCGUGUUCGCGGACUUAUUGACGUACAAAUCCGGCGUCUACCGUCACGUAGCCGGCAGCGAGUUGGGCGGACACGCCAUUAAGAUUAUGGGCUGGGGAGUGGAGGACGGCAAGAAAUACUGGAUCAUCACCAACUCCUGGAACACCGAUUGGGGUGACAACGGCUUCUUCAAGAUCGUCCGCGGUGAGGACCAUUGUGGUAUCGAAAGUUCCAUUGUGGCCGGCGAGCCAUUGUUUGAGUAAUUAUUAUCAAAUACGUAAUAGACAAUGAGCAAUUAUAAGUGUGUUAUGUUUAGACAAUAUUUUCAAUAAACUUAUAAGCAUA